CUUUGUAGUCGCGACGUCACAGUCUCAUCUCGCGAGACAGUGACGAAACCGUGAGCUACCCUGAAAGAAUCUUGAGUUGGACAUAGAAAUGACAUUGCGGGACAUUUAAACAGCGAUUUGAGAUUGAGGGCUGUGUCAUGAAAGUCGGCACUCUCCCGCAGAAAGUGGGACUGUUGGGCGCUAUGCGAGCAGUCCGUUGGGUAGGUGUUGUCGGUCUGGAAAUACACGCACAGAUAAAUUCGGAGUCAAAACUGUUUUCAAGCUCACGAGUUCAGUUUGCUGCUCCACCUAACUCCACUGUAUCAUUCUUUGAUGCUUCAUUACCUGGAACACUUCCAGUAAUUAACAGAAGAUGUAUUGAAGCUGCUGUAAUGACAGGCUUGGCAUUAAACUGUUCAAUAAACAAAAGGUCUUUAUUUGAUCGAAAGCACUACUUCUACGCAGAUCUUCCAGCUGGUUAUCAAAUUACCCAACAAAGGCUUCCAAUUGCGGUAAAUGGAACUCUGACAUAUCGCCAUCAAGUAGGAACAAAAUGGAAUCAGAUGUUAACUAAAUGUGUGAGGAUCAAACAAGUCCAGCUAGAACAGGACAGUGGAAAGAGUCUUCAUGAUGAGAUAAGGCGACAAACCCUUAUUGACUUAAACCGAGCUGGAGUUGGACUAAUGGAGAUUGUCAUGGAACCCGAUAUGAGCUGUGGAGAAGAGGCAGCUGCUGCAGUUAGAGAACUUCAGCUUAUCUUGCAGGCACUAGGAACAUGCAAUGGAAACAUGUCAGAGGGUCAGAUGAGAGUUGAUGCAAACAUUUCUGUACAUCGGCCUGGGGAGCCAUAUGGAGUGAGGACAGAGGUUAAAAAUAUUAACAGCGCACGGUUUUUAGCAAAAGCCAUUGAUUAUGAAAUUCAGAGGCAGACUGAUGUUCUUAAAAAUGGGGGAACAAACUUGAAUGAAACAAGAGCAUUUGAUUACAAACUUGGGGUCACUACACCUAUGCGGGAUAAAGAAGGAAAGCAAGAUUACCGGUUUAUGCCGGAGCCAAAUCUUCCUCCUCUUGUUCUUUAUGAUUCAAACUCUUUGCCAGCUAAUACAGACCCAGACCAAAUUAUUAAUAUUGAUUUGAUGAGAAGAAGUCUGCCAGAGCUUCCUAGUGUUAUCAGAGAAAUGCUUGUUGAACAAUAUGGGAUAUUACCAGAACACAGUUUUAUUUUAGUGAACGAGGAUGGAUUACAGGAAUAUUUUCAAACUGUAGUGAGAAUGACCAAAGUUGACCCUAAGAAGAUAAUUGGAUGGCUGAUUAAUGAUUUACUUGGGCACCUUAGACAGCAGAACCUUACCAUCAAACAAAGUCCUGUCAGUCCAGUUUCAUUAGCUGAACUUCUGACGCUUUUAGAAGACGGGUCUAUCUCCUCUUCAGCCGCCAAACAGGUGUUCCAAGAACUUUGCAGAGGAGGAGAAAAAACUCCAGCAGAGAUUGUUGAGGAAAAGGAUCUAGGACUUCUGAAGGACAGAAUGCAGUUAGAGGAGAUUUGCCAAGGAAUUGUUAACAGGCACCAAAAGGAGGUUAAUGAAAUUAGACAAGGGAACCAUAAAAUUAUGAACAAACUAAUUGGCUUAGUGCAAAAGGCGACCAAAGGACGCGCAGAUCCAGUUCUAGUGAAGUCUAUACUUGAAGAGAAAGUGUUUGUGUAGUUCUUCUAUGAAGACUGAAUGAUCCCAGAUGAAGACGUCUGACGUUUUACUUUUCUGGUUACUACAUAGGCCGACGUACAUAGAGUAUGUGAGUGGUUGAUAUUAUCCCUAUUGUGUUUCAUCUCCAGUGUGUGAAUGAUUGUGAUUGUGCAUCAGAAGUCUGGUCACUACUUCUCUAUAGGAGUGAAUAGCUCCCCAACUGCCCAUGGUCUUUUACAGAAAACUGUCAUCCCCCAGAUAUUGAGCCUAAAGUGAAGCUUUGCUAAGACAUUGAAAAGUGCUCCAAUAAUCAAUCCUAUGCAAUUUUCCCAGCGCUUCCCUUAACUUUUAUUAAGUGGGCUCACCUUCUUAAUUAGGUACCACCGUAAAGUCCAAAAGAUUCAUCAAUACACGUUGUAUGAAGGAGGCCACAAAGCAUCCGCAGUGCUGUGCUGCAAAACUUUUAUUCCAAAAUACACAACAUGUUUGGAGUCAGCAAGGAACCUUUCUCAAGUGUCACACAGGACUGCGGGUGCUUUGUGGCCUCCUUCAUACAACAGCUCCAAUUAUCAUCUGUGAGCAUUUUAAAUGUAUUUGUUUUGAAGGGGGAAAUAUACAGCAAGGGUCAAAAAGAAAACAAUAAAUUGUUCUUGUGUU